UUUCCAAUUACCAAUCCUCUCUUUCUUUAAUUUGUUCCCUUUUCUUCUUCUUAAUUUUACUUUUUGGGAAUCUACAAAACCCUCCUCUUUAUAUAUUUGAUUGACGAUUAGAUCUCACAGUCGCAAGAAUUUUGCCAGAGAACAGUAUCGAAUCGAUUGGUUGACGAUUAGAAUCCUUCGAAAGCAAAGAAAAGCGAAGAAAAGCAAAGAAUCUCGACUCUGAUUACCCACCACAAGUUUCUAUUUUGGUUCUUUCUCAUCAACACUUUGCUUUUGUGCGAUCAUCGGGUUUCAAGCGGUGGAAAUGGAAGGGGUGCUCUCAGCCACCGAUAAGCAGAGUAUGGUCUCCUCCUUCCUUGAGAUUGCUGUGGGCCAAACUGCCGAGACUGCUAGACAAUUUUUGCAGGCAACAAGUUGGAAGCUUGAGGAUGCUAUUCAGCUGUUUUAUGUCGGUAAUGAAGGAGGAUUGGCUGGACCACCACCUGUACCUUCUCCUCCAAGUACAAAUGAACAAAUCAAUUCUUCAACUGAUCACACAUCCAAUGAAUCUAGAAAACAUGUGGGAGCUGGAACGUUUGGGCAAUAUGAGGAUGAGGUUCGCCCUCCCUUACCUGUUAUAAGGGAAGCUCUUUAUGAUGAUGCAAUGUUGUAUGGAACAACUAUGGGCUAUCUGCCAAAUGAAUCUGGUUCAUCAAUAGGGUUCCGGAACUUGCAAAAUGAAGUGAAACAUCAUGAUGUUUGGGAAUCAGGAGAAGGUGCAGCAUCCACAAGUGGCAAUUCUCGAGAUAAUUUAGCUUCUUUAUACCGCCCUCCUUACCAUUUAAUGUUCAAUGGGUCCUUUGAAAAGGCAAAAGGUGCUGCCUGCGUCCAGGACAAGUGGCUGAUAGUCAAUCUGCAGUCUACCAAGGAAUUCAGCUCGCACAUGCUUAACCGGGAUACAUGGGCAAAUGAAGCUGUUUCUCAAACCAUUACUACCAAUUUUAUUUUUUGGCAGGUGUAUGAUGAUUCAACUGAAGGCCAAAAGGUUUGCACGUAUUAUAAACUAGAAUCAAUUCCUGCUGUCCUUGUCAUUGAUCCCAUCACAGGGCAAAAAAUGCACUCUUGGUUUGGAAUGGUUCAACCUGAAAGGUUACUUGAGGAUCUAUUGCCCUUCAUGGAUGGAGGUCCAAAGGAUCAUCAUGUUACCUUAUCUCAUAAACGUCCAAGGGAGAGUUCCUUGACUCCACCGAAAGUUAGAGAAGAGGAUUACGAGGAGGAUGAGGAAGUGCAACGUGCAUUGGCAGUUUCUCUAGAAGGCAUGAAGGAAGCAGUCAAAUUGUCUUCUGAGGAUAAGGAUGCAAAAGUUGCUGAGAAGGAAGAAGAGAAGUGCCCAACUUAUCCACCAUUGCCUGAAGAACCCAAAGGUGACAGAAACCUUCUUUGCAGGAUUGGUGUCCGUCUUCCUAAUGGACGUCGAUGCCAAAGGAAUUUCCUCCGAACCGAUCCAAUUCAGUUGCUUUGGUCUUUCUGUGCUUCUCAGUUAGAGGAUGGUGAGACAAAACCAUUCAAAUUGACGCAUGCAAUACCAGGAGCUACAAAGUCUCUGGACUAUGAUACCCAAAUGACAUUUGAGGAAUCAGGGCUUGCGAAUUCAAUGAUCUCUGUCACUUGGGACUGAGAAGAAGGUGCCAUUUUCCAAACUAUUCCCAAAGAAACAUAGUUGAGCAGUUGUGUAAGUAGUCAAUCAGUCACUGUAUUUUGUGGUUUCUCUGCAUUUUCUAUAUACUUUGGGUAAAAAGUUUAGUUAGGAUGAUAUUCUCCUGUUUUUCCCCCUCCUCUCCUCUUCCUUUCAAAAAAGCAUACGACAUACAGAGGAGGCCGGGUUGUGACUACUAUUUGUAUGACAGUUGAAUUUAUCACUUCUACCCUCCUAUGCAUGUGCGUGUGUUUUUCGCGCUCGUAAAUUUGAUCAAUGUGUAUUUUGGUAGUACUGGAAA